AGCAGAGAUACAGCUGAUCUACAGCUUACAUAAAACCUGAAUGAUAAAAUAAACUUUGUCAUUGUAAGCCACUGAGAUUUGCGAGUUGUUCCUGCUGCAAAGCCAAGUAAUACACUGUGCUACCCACCUCACAUAUUUGUCUGAAGCGGACUUUAAAAAUGUUUUAAAGGACUUUAUAAUGUUCUAUGCCCGUCUAUGUCUCAAACCAGCUCCUUCUCUCGCCAUAGAUUGAUGCAGGUCAGAAAAGUUAGGAACAGCACUAACUUAUGUGAGACAGUAAAGUGGGAAUACCUGCUUUCAAAGCUGCACCUCUCUCUCCUGCCUUUCUGCCAUUGGCCCCCAAAUUAGUUGCUACUGCCCCGUUAGGAUUAUACUCAGUUCCUAUCCCAUCUCCUCAUAAAACAAAAUAAUCGCACGGGUUUUGUUAUUUGUGAUGUGAACUUUCAUAAAAAUAUUGAAAUGCUACCGCUUUUUCUGCUAGUGCUGGCCCCAAUUCUUCUGAGAAAAUGCUCAGAACUGCCGGCGUCUGUUUCUUCUCCAUAUUUUGGUUAAAUUUUACUUUAAUCCUUCAUUUAGUCAGUUUUGCCAGAACUUCUCUGUGCAAUCCUAUUUAAAUUCAAAGCACUCUAUGAAAAAAUUUCAAAAGGAUCGCUUUAAAAAAAAAAAGACAUUUCAAUUUAACUAGCAGUAAGUAACUCUUGUUGACUAAACUCAAUAAAGAAGCAACCACUGAGAUAGCAGAGAAAAAGCUCAAGAGGUGGCACCCCGACUCACAUUAACCCAGGGAGACAUGAUGGCUAGGGAAGUAGGUGGGACAAUGACUGGGCCCGAAAACAAGAAAAUCUUUGUUAAAAAAGCCUCCCAUUUCUGCACGAUUAAGUUGAAAGAAGGUGAGCUUCGAGUUAAGUAAGCCUAGGCAGUUUUGAAUUCCAGCUCGCCCGCAAUCUCUUGCAACCUUAGGCCGCUUACCUGAGACUUAGCCUUUCUUACCCAACAAAUCAGGGAAAAUAACAGCUACCUUACAAGACUAGCAAGUUCGUGUUAAAUGGAGUGAGAUGAGUGGAACACCUAACAGAGGACUCAGACAAUAACAGCGUCUCCAAAAAUUCUCGAUUUGUGGUUGGCUGAGGCGGAGGAACAAGAUGGCGGCGCCGGCUGCGUGACCGGGCCCUCUGGCCCACAGCCGUUGGCAGUGGUGGCAGCGGUACUGCUGCCCCAACUCGCUGUGCCCCCUUUCUCAGCCCGCAACGUCGCCACGACAGCGAGGCAGCAACCGCAACCCAGAAAGAGGUGGUGGCCCAGGCUGGCAACCUUGAGAAACCCUCGCAAACUGUGGCCUGGCGGAAAUCCUGGUGUGCUGCAAGGAUCAGGCUGACUCCGGGCCCUGUAACACCUAGAAAGGCCUCGGUGGCCAUUUCCAGCAGCCCUCACCCUCAGCCUUGUAGGUCGGCGGGCCCCGGAGGCCUCCAUCCUCCCCUAGAGGGGUCAGGGCUGAGCCCAGCCUCCAUCGUUGCCUCUCAGGAUGGCAAACAACAGCGGCUCCAAGGCCGAACUCGUUGUGGGAGGGAAAUACAAACUGGUGCGGAAGAUCGGGUCUGGCUCCUUUGGAGACGUUUAUCUGGGCAUCACCACCACCAACGGCGAGGAAGUAGCAGUGAAGCUGGAAUCUCAGAAGGUCAAGCACCCCCAGUUGCUGUAUGAGAGCAAACUCUACACGAUUCUUCAAGGUGGGGUUGGCAUCCCCCACAUGCACUGGUAUGGUCAGGAAAAAGACAACAAUGUGCUAGUCAUGGACCUUCUGGGACCCAGCCUCGAAGACCUCUUUAAUUUCUGUUCAAGAAGGUUCACCAUGAAAACUGUACUUAUGUUAGCCGACCAGAUGAUCAGCAGAAUUGAAUACGUGCAUACAAAGAAUUUUCUUCACCGAGACAUUAAACCAGAUAACUUCCUGAUGGGUACUGGGCGUCACUGUAAUAAGUUGUUCCUUAUUGAUUUUGGUUUGGCCAAAAAGUACAGAGACAACAGGACCAGGCAACACAUACCGUACAGAGAAGAUAAACACCUCAUUGGCACUGUCCGAUAUGCCAGCAUCAAUGCACAUCUUGGUAUUGAGCAGAGCCGCCGAGAUGACAUGGAAUCCUUAGGCUACGUUUUCAUGUAUUUUAAUAGAACCAGCCUGCCGUGGCAAGGACUAAGGGCUAUGACAAAAAAACAAAAAUAUGAAAAGAUUAGUGAGAAGAAGACGUCCACCCCUGUUGAAGUUUUAUGUAAGGGGUUUCCUGCAGAAUUCGCCAUGUACUUGAACUACUGUCGUGGGCUGCGCUUUGAGGAAGUCCCAGAUUACAUGUAUCUGAGGCAGCUAUUCCGCAUUCUUUUCAGGACCCUGAACCACCAAUAUGACUACACAUUUGAUUGGACGAUGUUAAAGCAUAAAGCAGCACAGCAGGCAACCUCUUCCAGUGGGCAGGGUCAGCAGGCCCAAACCCAGACAGGCAAGCAAACUGAAAAAAACAAGAAUAAUGUGAAAGAUAACUAAGCGUGAAUGAGGAACAGAAGAAGCAGAGCAGAUGAUUCGAGCAGCAUUUGUUUCUCCCCACAUCUAGAAAUUGUAGUUCAUAUGUACACCAGCUAGUGGCUGUGGACAACCAUUUAGUUGGUGUAAAAAACUUUAUUUCAAUAUAAACUGACUCUGGGGAGCGUUGGUGAUGCUGUAUCGCAAGGUGUAGCCGCUGUAAUUGUGAAUAUUAACUGAGGUAGUGAAACAUGGUGUCUGGUUUUCUAUUGCAUUUAUUCAAGUAGAAAAAUUAACUAAAUGGUUGACACACACGAAUUGGUGGAGACAUUGUCCAUAUGCCAAUUUUUUGUUAAAACCUUUUAUUUUGAACUAGACUGCUUUGAGAUAUCAUUUCAGAAGGACAGUCUUCGGCCACAGCUGCGAAGGUUGUAAAUGCUUACGAUUGAGCAUUUUUAGGGUUUCUCCAUCCCUGGGGUUUGCAAAUUGUUCACAUAAAGAGCAUUCUUAAAAUGGUUGGCUUCUUGUCUGCAAGCCAGCUGAUCUAGUAGUAACCAAAAAUUCCAGUUUUGAGAAUAGGAAAGAUUCCGCCUGCUUACCUGUGAAGACAUAAGAAAAUCUUAGUAACUACCAGAUUAUCUUUAGAAUUCCACAUUAACUCUAUCAUGUUCUCGGUAUUUUAAAAACAACAACCAUAUUUGUCACAGAAAUUUAGUUAACAUCUUACAACUGAACAUGUAUGUACAUGGCUUAGAUAAAUGUAAUCACCGUAAACACCUAUAUGAUCUGGGAUUUUGUUCAUAUUUUGAAAUGGGAGCUUUUAUGUUUUACAAGUUCACUAAAAUCUAAAAACUGUUUCUAUAAGGAAAUGAUACUUUUUUAAACAACAACCAAAAAAUGCCUUGUUGAUUCACUAGGAAAUAAAAAUCUCCCCAAUUUUUCGAUAGUCAACUUCAAGCCAUUUGUUACAUGAUAUUCCCUUGCAAGUAAAUUUUAUUUCAUUAUAUAACUUUUUUCAAUGUUUUUAUUCUAAAAUAAUUGUUUUGUAUGAAGGGGAAAUGUAUUCUUUCAUUUUUCUUUUUCUAAUGACUUGUGGUAAAAUAUCUAGUACUGCACCUGCCAAAACUUGGUAUUGUUACUUUUUCCACUGACUAAUAGCUGGGCUGAUUUCAAAUAAGAAUGCAAGCAUUGAAGGGUUUGACUAUAAAACAUUGUUGUUUAAAAUACUUGUGAAAUGGCUAUAAGCAGUUGACUUUUACCCUUGGAGGGCACACUGUGUGAGGUUCUGUGAUCAUUGACCCUCCCUAACCCCCAUCUGCUUCUCUGAAUUAUCUGUGUGUGCGUGCUCUUCCUCUCAAUCUUUUUGCACGUUCUUUUCUUUUUCUCUGAUGCAAGAUAAAGGAAAACUCAUUUUCCUUUUAAUUCUUUAAAUCAUGUAAUUUAUUCACUUACAGAAUGUCAGGAUAAAUUAAAAGAACAUUUGUCUGAAAAUGCUGCCAGGAGCCUAUUGUGUACAUGUAGGCAUUUUGUAAAAUAACCUUGAAAUUGUAAAUUGCCACAUGUUUGGUCAGAUUGUGUCAGGUUUCAUUUAUUUUUUUCUCUUUUUCAUUUGAAAACUACUUCAGCAAUAAUUAAUUCCAUGAUUACCACAUUCUGCCAUUAAGGGAUAUAUUAGUACUAUUAUACUGAAGAAAUCUUAAUAAAUCCAAAUGUUGGGGGUAGGAAGCUUGUUUGUUUCUUUCUAUCCACCCUUGUUAGUUAAGGUAUUUGUUUCUUAGCUAUUAAGCCCUUUCCAGAAAUCAGUCUCAUAAAGCUAUUUUUGAGUAUAGUUUAUAUAACAGAAAAUAUUUAGCUUUGGUAGUAACUUUUCCAAGCUGACCUCCCUCUAGCAAGAUAUUUUUCAGUGCUUUUAUUCAGUAUGUACUUAUUCUGAAAUAUUUUUGUAUUCUUGCCAUUUGAAAAGGUUGUGGCAUAGUUGGUCUAUAAUGAAGUUGCAGAUUUAAAACUACUGUUAGCUUUGUAAAACAAAAUAUAGAUGUUUUUGUCCUGGUAUAUCAUCAUUCCAUUUUUCUUCUAGAUACCAUUCAUUGUCUUCAGAGUUCACAAAAGAAGAAUGUGAAAUUCAGUGAAUGCUGUUACUAGUUGUGCCAAGAGAUGAAUCUCAUUUCACAAAAAUUAAAUUAUGUUUUUCCACUAAAAGGUGAUAUAAGUUGAAGAAACAUCACUGUGAUAUUAGGAGACCUCACCACUUAAGGCUCCACAGUGGCUUACUCAGCUGAAUUCUAAGUUACUGCUCUUUAGUUUGUUCACCCAUUGGAGAGCGCAGUUUUUUUAAAUGUUGGGAGAUGGCCAUUCUAACUACUGUUCAAUGUCUCUGUUUUGGGGAGGGUAAAACAAGAAAAUAAAAAAAAAAAGAUUAUACGUGUCCGGGCACAGUGGCUUAUGUCUGUAAUCCCAGCACUUUGGGAGGCCGACGCAUACGGAUCAACUGAGGUCAGGAGUUUGAGACAAGCCUGGGCAACAUGGUGAAACCUCAUCUCUACUAAAAAAUACAAAAAGUAGCCAGGCAUGGUGGUGGACACCUUGUAGUCCCAGCUACCCAGGAGGCUGAGGCAGGAGAAUCACUUGAACCCGGGAGACAAAGGUUGCAGUGAGCCGAGAUUGCACAACUGCACCCCAACCUGGGUGACAGAGCAAGACUGUCUGAAAAAAAAAAAAGAGUAGACGUGAAGGGAGACAUUGGUUAUCUCCUACCAUAUGGAUGUGCUUAUGCUUUGAUGGUCUACAAAUAGAUAUUUAGAGGUUUACCUUUACUAUGAUUUUUCCACCAACAAAUAUUUUUAUUAAGAGAUUUUCCUACUUCUGCUAAUACUCACAAAGACUUAUUAAUGUUUCAAGCAGAGCACACUGAAAUAAUUAUAAAUUUAAUUCCAUUAUAAUAAAAAUAUCAAAAGAAUUUAAAAAAAACUUCUUGGAUUCUUUGUCAUUAACCUUCUUACAUUGGGAACCUACUGUAGAGUAACAAAAGGAACUAUAUUCUGCCACAUGAAGACAAAAGACAAUAACAUUUUAUAUUUUAAAGCCAAAAGCUUAAAAGAAACAGCACGCACACAUUUAUAUGUAUGUACUUUUUUCCUUAACAUAUUUAUAGCUUCUCAUAGGUCACACACAUUAAAAAGUAGCACACAUCUGAAAUGUGCAGAAGUAAGAUCACACAUUUUCCAAAUAAAGUACAUCAUCAGUUCUGUAUUUCUCUGUCCUCCAACUUUAAAAUCCCUAGGAACUACAAAAAGAGGGAGAGAGAAAGAGAGCCCCCCACAUAUCAGGAGGUCAUAUUGAAUGAUUCCAAGCAAUAGUAGAAACCUGUACUGAAUCCAAGUUUUUAACUGCCAAGUUUUAACUCCUGGCUGCAGUUCCCAACAUAUGACAUAAUUUAGAAACUUGGUUUAGGCACAGGAGAAUCAUAGGACUUAAAAACACUAUGUCCCUCAGCAUGUAAGAUAUUUAUGGAAAAUCCAGGCAAGUAAUAAGUUGUAAAGAAACUAAAAGGAAAAUAUUUUGAAAAAUGGCAGCUAUAGCUUUUUAAAUCAAAAACGGAAAAGAAGAAAGGAUGGCCAUUUUAUUAAUGUGUAAGUUGAGUGGAACCUCUUUGGGUCCUUCACAGCCUUUCUAUUCUUCCUCCAUCUUCUAACAUCCAUGAUUCCUUAGGGCCAUUACGAGACCCACCAGGAGGAUGGAGCAGCUGAGGAUGGUGCUACUUUUCCAAUCAGAGAUGAUCACAGAAGUUUAGAAAUAAGCAUUUUCACCCCAAUCCAGCAAUACCAGCACCACCACCCACAAUGCAUACAGACUUGCUCACAUAUACCCUGAAAAAAACUUCCAAGGCUUCCCACUGCAUCUAUUUGAAUCUAUCUUAAUGGUAUAAGGUUUGACUCAGAAAUUAUAGAUGAAAUUAAGUUUUACCUACAAAUCUCAUCUUUACCUCUAAAAUCUCAUCUGGUCAAUGUUUGUUAUCCCUGUUACAGAAACAGAAGAGUGAUAAACACAGAAAAAAAGUCACCAAAUUAUAUAAAAUGAUUUUCAUCUGUUCAUAUUGAUGUUUAACCUUAGACAUAUUCUGAUACCCAAGCACCCAUCUGUGCAUGGCUGUUGUUCUCCAUGCUUAAGAGGCCAUAGUUAUGUUUCAGUACAGUUCAUUCACAUCUUUAGUUAUUCAUUUGUUAAGCACCUACUAUAGGCCAGGUAUUGUUCUAGUUGCUGGGGCUGUAUCACUGAAUAAAAUAGGUGAAAAUCCCUACUGUCAUGAAAUUUGCAUUCUAGUGGGGGCAACCAAUAAAUGAAAUAACUAAAAUUACUCAGAAGAUAACUGCUAUGAAGAAAAAUAACAGUGGAGGGAAUGAGGAGUGUUGUGCCCAGCUAAAAACAAGGCAGUCAGAGAAUCCCUCACUUAGAAAAUGCCAUUGAAGGAGCUUCUAUAGCUGAACAUGUGGAGGCUCCUGGAGGGUGGAAGCUCCAUGCCCCUUCUCCCACACAUCACCCUAUGCAUCUUUUCAUGAGUAUCCUUUGUGAUAAGCCAGUAUAAAGGUUUCAUUGGGUAUGCCUGCUAUAAUCUCUGUAAUCUCAUUGUCAUACAAUUAAUUAUUAUUGUGGAAUAAAUUUUCCUUAAGUGGAAACAUUUGCACCACCUAGAGCUAAUGAUGCUGGAAAAGAUGAAACUGACAUAUCUGUAGGGCCGGGCCUCACUUUCAGAUCCCUGUUUACUCCCGCGAAGCCUGUGUCUUUGAGUUUGUAAUGAGCAUGUUCAUUUCUGCCACUUUGAGAGAUGUGUGGCUAUAGGAAGCUGUAUUAGGUGUAGUCACAAGAUCUGCUAGUCUGCAACAAAGUGCCAGUUUAUGACAGCCAGUGCACCAUCAUCUAUCCCCGGGUAUGGCUGCAAAUGAGAAGAGGUCUUUUAAGGUGACCUCCCACACGCACAAACAACUACUCUUUGCCACCACCUUCCAACAGUGGGUUCAACUAGUUGUACAAACACACUGCCAACGAGAUUGUUUUUUAGACUGUGUCACCUACUCAGGAGGUUUACAACCGCCUCUGAGUUGUUUAAUGACAGCUGAUAACUGAAGGGAAUAAGAAUGUUGAACUUUAUUAGAGGCCUGUCCUCCUGGAAAGCAGUAGUGGUUGAGAAAUUCCCCACCCUUUAUGUUCUGGGACAUGACUAACUGCAAAGGACCACCCUGUGCUUGUAGAUAGGACUCACCUCUACCCUUUGUCCUGACUCCCAUAUUCCUCUACCUCUGUAAAGCUGUAGGACCCUUUCUCUUUUUUGAGAUGUUCCUUAUUUAUGAACCUUCUCCCUAUUGCAAUAAUCUGAAUAAAAUCAUCUCCUUUAAAAUAAAAUGCUAUUUCAGCAAAGACAUGGAGUUGAGAGAGCACUUCAGCAAGGGCAAAGGCUCUGAAACAGGAACACACCUGGAGUAUUUGAAAAAUGGCAAGAGGACCAGCAAGGCUAAAGGAGGGAGAAGUAGGAGAUGAAGUCAGAGAUGAAGGAGAGGAGACUUGGAUUUUACCAUAAAUGACAUGAAUGAGAUGAUGGAAGCAGAAAUGAUGGAAACAGAGGUGAUGGAAACUCUACCUCAAUCAUCUAGGUUCCCAGGUGCUUGUGGUUAGGACCAAGCUGGGGAAGGACAAGAAGUUGUUGAAUUCUAGGUAUAUUUGAAAGGGAGAGUUAAUAGGUUUUGUAAAUAUAUAUAUGAAAAAACAAAAGGAGCCAAAGACGACUUCUUGAUGUUUGGGCUGAUUAACUAGAAGGAAGAAGUUACCAUAAACUGAGAUGGGGUAUGAGUCUGUUUUGAGCAAGACAAAAUGAGGAGUUCAGUUUUGCUUAUGUUGAAUUUCAGAUGCGUAUGAAAUGUAGAUGCCUCAAUGAGGGAUUGGGGGUAUGCCUAAUAGGCAGUGGCUGGAAUUUGGCUGACUUCUCCACCCUAACUUUAUCUACCUCCAACAGGUCCUUUCACGGUCCCCUUAGCCCUUCAGCCUAUCCUAAAUUCUUCCCCUUUCCUCGCUUGGGGGAUUGAAAUAACACAGAUCCUUUCAUUGCAGAUUCCACCUCUGAUUCAAGAUGUCCCCCCUGCUUUGCUUGGGUAGCUACUCAGCAAUACUGUGAAAGCUAAAGUAAAAGGGGCAAGCAGAAAAUUUUUAAAGGGACUGAAGUAUCCUGGAAAUAAGUUGGAAUUUUUAAAUUACAUACAAAGAAGUUCUUGAAGUAAGUAAAUUGGAAAAGCAGCUGGGACUGAAACCUUGCCAUCAUUAAGACCACUAUUUAUUUUGAGAAAUUUGCAUAAUUAGUGUUUUAUAACAUCAGACUUUCCCUGUGUUUAUGUUUAUUAUUAAACUAAUACAUUUCAGCUGUUAUAUCUUGUGGUUUACAAAUCAUCAGGAGCUUGGGACAUUCGUGGUCAUGUAAAGAACAAAAAAGAUGUCAUUCUCCAAAUUACAAAACAGUCUUAUUGGGAACAAACAUAAACAUGAUGGGCAAAAAAGCAAGGCACUAAAUGACCUUGCUUACAGACCUGUGAAGUUUCUACUAGGGCCCAAUAAGGAGCAAAGGAAGAACACUCUGUUCUAAAUUAGACAACAGUUCUAGUAUAUAUGUAGGUAAAGAUGUGUGCUAAUGUUCUGCACUUAAAGACACAGUGUGAAUCCUGCCUGCCAGUAGUGUACAUUCAAAAAAAAGAGGAGCAAAAAUAUGUAUGUGUUGGUGGAAUUCUCGACCAUUAUCAUUUCAUUUCAAGAUGAGCAGAAAAACUACCUGCCCCCAUACCUUUCAACACUCCUUGAUAAGUGAUAGGGAGCUACUUCUUUUCAGUUUCAUGUAGAUUCCUGCAAGUCAUUUGCUCCAUUAUUUGAAGAAACUUUCAUUUGAACAAGAUUACCCACUCUUUCUGUUGUGCAGUUACACCACUUAAGGCAGAACUAGUUACAGAAUAAUGCAUGCAGUUUUUAUAAGUCUUACGUCUGAAAAUGCAAAUUUUGGAAUCUGAACAAUUUGUUGCAGAUUCCCAGACGAUUAUUAUCUUCAGACAAACUGACUAUUUGUGGUCAAUGAGUUCAUGUUUUAUGUCCUUCAAAAUGAAUGAGAAUUACUAUCACUCUUUGAAUGGCCCUAGAGUAGGUUAGAGGGGCUAAGUUCAGUCUCUGAGGUCAGAGCUCCAUUCCAGGCCCAACUCUGCUUCUUUGAGCAGGGUUGACUUUGGCCACAGUUUCAUUUCUGUAAACUGAGGUCAGCAAUAGGACCUACCAAUUAUCUGUUGUGUAGAUCA